AGCUGACCGUCUAUCGAUAGUUGUGUUCUUGGACGCUGCGCCGCCGGUUAAGAAAUGUCUUUUUAAGUUGCUGUAAUCCGACGAAUAUGUCCCGGAAAUCAAGAAAAGGCGAAGGGGGCGCAUCUGCCCACCGGGCGCAGAUCAACCUUGUCGACUUUAGCUUUUUAGAUCGCAAGGCGGAGCUAUCCGGAUUACUGCAGGCCAAGACCCGUCAGGCGGGCAAAAGUCUGGUGGAGAACGAAGCUGAUUUUUGGAAGUUUGUGGGAAAAUAUGAGGCCAUGAUGCGUUCUACGGGUCAGCCGGUGUUGCCACCGCUGCUCUCCAGGGAAGAACUAAAGAUCGAUCAGCCGUAUCACCGCAGCAAGCACUUGGCUUUGCGCUUGGAUGAGGAUACACUGCUUCAGGAGGCAAACUCGGAGUUGCAGGCCCAAUUUCGGCAGCUCCUGCUGGUCUACCUGGACUUUCGGCAGGCUGAGAAGUUUCAGCGCAUUAAGAAGUUAAGACAGUCGCAACGUAACCUGCCAAUUGCCCGUUUUCGAAAGGAUUUGCAAAACGCUUUGGACUCAUCUCGCGUGGUCAUUGUUGCCGGUGACACGGGCUGCGGAAAAUCCACACAGGUUCCCCAAUACCUCUACGAUUUUGGCUACCGCAGCAUUGCCUGCACUCAACCACGUCGAUUGGCCUGCGUUUCUCUUUGUAAGCGAGUGGCCCACGAGCUCCUUGACGACUACGGCAGUAAGGUGGCCUUCCAAAUUCGUUUCGAACGCAGCCGGACGCAGAGCACCAACAUACUUUUCAUCACAGAGGGUCUAUUGCUGCGCCAACUGGCUGUGACCGCCAAUCUGGAUCGCUACGAUGUACUCAUUCUGGAUGAGAUACACGAGCGCAAUCUGUUUGGUGACUUUCUGUUGGGCGUGACGAAGUGCUUGCUGCGAGCGCGACCGCAACUGAAGCUGAUCCUCAUGUCGGCCACUAUAAAUGUGGAGCUCUUUCACGGUUUCUUCCGGGAGGAGGGCGCCAUACUUGUUCAGGUGCCCGGUCGCUUGUUUCCUAUCAAACUGCGCUACAUGCCGCCACCAGCUUUGGAGCUUAAAGCAGGACAAGCGACUGCUUCCUCAAAGCGUUCCCAAAGCGCUCGUCUCGAUCCGGCGCCCUUUGUCCAGGUGCUCAGCCUCAUCGAUCAGCAAUAUCCAACUAGUGAGCGCGGUGAUGUGCUAAUAUUUGUGAGUGGAGUAAACGAAAUCGAAUCGGUUGUGGAGGCCGUCCAGGAGUAUGCCACACAGCAGGAGCAUUGGAUGGUGCUGCCGCUGCACAGUGGACAAGCGAUUGCCGAGCAAGGAAAGGUAUUUGAUUAUGCACCCGAAGGAUCGCGCAAAUGCAUCGUCUCCACAAACAUCGCUGAAACGUCGUUAACUGUGGAUGGCGUCAGGUUUGUAAUUGACUCUGGCAAAGUCAAGGAAAUGAGUUACGAUGCCACAUGCAAAGGGCAGCGCCUCAAGGAGUUCUGGGUGUCCAAGUCGUCAGCGGAGCAGCGCAAAGGUCGCGCUGGACGCACAGGACCUGGCGUUUGCUUUCGCCUCUAUACCGCUGAUCAGUUUAACUCCUUCGAGGCAUAUCCCACGCCGGAAAUAUAUCGCGUGCCGCUGGACACAAUGCUGCUGCAGAUGGUUUCCAUGGGACUGCCCAAUGUCAGGGAAUUUCCCUUUAUAGAAGCUCCGGAAGCAGAGCGCAUCGAGCAGACCAUUCUGGCGCUCAAGCAACAUUGUGCCCUCAGCGUGGAGGAAAAAAUCACACCACUGGGGAGUUCGCUGGCCAAUUUACCCGUGGAACUAUCCAUCGGCAAGAUGUUGCUCAUGGGAUGCGUUUUUCCGGAAGUGGAGCAGCUUUUAACUAUGGCGGCCAUGUUGAGCGUGCAAAACCCAUUGACAAAUCGCGCGCACACAGAUCAGCGUUGCGUUCGCGAGCGUGAAUCCUUUGAAUCGGAUCAGGGAGAUCUAUUCACAUUGGUGCGUCUCUAUUGCGAGUGGCUGAACCUUAAAUUGCGACGCGAUAGCACGCGACAAUGGUGCCGACGGCUGGGCAUUGAGGAACAGCGCUUUUACGAGGUGACCAAGCUGCGCCAGCAAUUCCAGCGUAUUCUCGAAAGCUGCGGCAUGGUGGUGGCCAGCGGUUCUGGUGGCCAGCUGACCAGCGCUGAGCGCGCCACUCGGCAUGGUGAACUUCUUCAGCUAAAGGCUCUCAAGCGCCGAAAACGUUUCGAGCAGCCGCGUCAGCGCAAGCUGCUCAAGCAGCACCAUCAAAGUGGCGCUGGUCCCUCGGACGAAGAAGAACGGGAUGGGGAGCCGGCCGAUGAUAUGCGGGAUGUUGACUUCCGGCUGCGUUAUGACCACCGCCAGUUGGCCUUGCUGGAGCGAUCGGCACGCCUUGAUCGACAUCGCGAUGUCGUCUUGCUGAAAUUACUGCUUUGCAGUGGAUUUUACCCACAGUUGGCAGUCGGCGAUGAGUUUAACUACUGCAAGGGUGGCGGCCAGCAGUUUUUUCACACGCGUCUCAAGCCCUUUAUACUGCAGCACCCCAAUUCGCACUUUGCCAAGCACUACGAGCUGCUCAAACUGGCUGACAGUGAUCUGCUGCCCAAGCCGGAUUUUUAUACGCCCAAGCAUCCGAUUAGUGAACGCCAUCAGCUGUUGUGCUAUCAAUCGCUGCUGGAGACCGCCAAGCCAUAUUUGAUCAACUGUAUUCGCUUGCCGGCUGCCCAGGCUUUGCUGCUCUUCAGUUUUGCCAUCGACACGAACGCGGGCAUCACUCAAAUUGUUUGCGAUGGCUGGCUUGGGUUGGAUCUGCCCACGCCUGGCAGUGGGAUGGAGUUACUGAGUCGCGCAAUCGAGUUGCGACGCCGUUGGAGCAGUCAGCUCUACUCCAAAUUGGAUGAUCUCAACAACAAACAGGAGGUAACUCUCACUAGGAGCGAAGUGAGCAGCACGCUCUGGCACGAGCUCCUUGACUUCAUGUCGCUGGAUGUGGCGUACGCGAUUUGGCGUUUGUUGCCCGCCGAUAUCAAAAGGCUCUAUUCUCACCAAGCGCCAUCGGCACGACUCAUGGAACUUAAGGAGAACCCCUUUGCCGUCGACUAUCCUAUGCUGGCAAAUGCCGAGAAGGGAGGCCUCAAUGUUUCCGAGCACGUGGUAUACGACUGCUUGGCAGAUCAACCGUGGACAUUGGCCAUGGACGCGGAACUCCGCACGAAGCCAUGGAGCUGCACGCGAUGCGAUUUUGAGCUGGAGGAGUUUGAUGUGCUAGAGCAGCUGGUCCAUCGACCACAUUGUAAGGGUCGCAGGACAAAAGAUCGUAACCCCAAGCCCGAUAGUCCGGUCGCAUCUGCCAAAGAUGGACAACCCGCUGCAUCCGAAAGCUCCGCCUCACAAUCGUCCGAUGGCUAUUAUUGCAAAACCUGCAAAAGCAGCUUGCGGUUGUCAAAGAUCGACAUUCUGCGUCACCAACGGAAAUGUCGGAGUGCCAAGUGAUUUCUGUAUAUAUAUUUCCAUAUUUCAAAAUGUGACCUUUAGCACUUGUUGAGUCCCAAGUAAAAAAAACAAUUAGUUCGUUGGA